UCCUUUUAUAGUUAUGAUGAAAUCUGUAAUUUUAGCUGCAUUAAAGAUCAAUAGAAUUAAAUGUUUUAAUUACAGCAUUUACAGUUCAACUUAUAAAACUAGGAUAGGAACAAUGGAUGCCUUGAAAGUCUUAUUCAUUGUGUAUAUUCUAUUUGGAUUUACUAUUGGAACCAGUGGCCACUAUAUUAAGUUCUUUCCUAUACAAAAGUCAAAUGAGAACACAUCUACCUGUAAUGGUUUUGUUCAAGAUGAGACUAUAUAUAUCCGAGGCGAGGCAAAAGUCAACGGGUAUUCAGAUACCACUAUACAAAUUAUCAUCCACAAGCAUUUCCAAUCUAAUCAGUACUUAUUUUGUGAGAUUGAGUUAAAGUCCAACCAUACGACCGAGGGCUGUUCUUACGAUGUCACUGAACAAGACAAUGUAUUCAGUAUCGCCGUUACUUUGAAAGCUACAACAGAUUUAAGUUUUGGAAAGAUUAGCGGCAAACUAUUAAAUAAUAAAGAGAUCAAAGAUUCUUAUGAAGUUGAUCUGCCUGGUAUUUACGAACAUGAUUCAGUGAAUGCUUCAGUUGUUAUAAACCAACAAAAUGUAGAAAGCCAAAAUUACCUCAACUUUUCCGACAAUGUCCUACAAAUUUCCUCAACUUGCCAAAGUCUAGUAGGAUCAUGUCAUCUACAGCUCAGGUUAAAUGACACACCUACCUUGCUGGAAACAGAUGAUAAACUGCAAUUUGAAGCUAGCUAUCCCCAACCUAGAUAUGUGUCCAUUAUUCUGACGGUCUACAACUGCAACAGAAACAAGGUUCUAAAAAUAUAUACAUACCAUGUACUAAUAGCACAUCACAUCGAAGAAAGAAGUGCAAUAGCUUUUGUCGUCAUUCUGGCUCCUAUGUUCUAUCCCUUGGCAAUGAUUAUACUGUUUUGGGUUUGUUUCCGCAGAAGCUCAGUAAGUAUGGCUUACCUCUUUCAAAUGGUUUUAAUAUACAGUUGUUUGAUGAAGACUAUGUCUUUUUAGUUAAGUAUGUUUUUGAGAGUCUUUAAAUGCACACAUUACAUGUGUUAAAAUUAAAUGCUGCCAGUCAAGGAGAGAUAAAUCUUCCGGGAUCAUUUGAACUAUUGUUUUUUUAUAACUGUCUGUACUCUGGUAAAACAGUUAAGAUAUUUCUUCUUUCCAGCCCUUUACAUAUGAUUCUUGAAAAUGUCAAAUAAAAAUAACCUCCCAGCGAUUGACUGUUACACAUUGCAAUCAUGGGGGCUAGUAAAAAAGACAUUGAUUUCUAUGUCGUCUGACUUUCAUUAGUUUAUUGUUAUGUAGGGAUCUUAUCUUAUUAAUAAAUAUCAAUUUCAUUACUCAUACGCAACUAGCAAAUUGUUUAAUUACCCAGAAUAAG